CUUUAUCAUAUCGUAAAUUCCACCCUCAACAAACAAAAUCAUCAAAAUCAACAAACACAAACAAGUAUGUCCGCAAAACCAGACCCCAAACUCCCUGUGAAAGAGAGUAAAUUCAUUCGCGCAAUAUGGGCUCUUCCCCUUCUCCUCAAUACCUAUGGUGCCUCUCAAACGAUGGGCGUUCUCGUCCAAGAUCUCGCCCCUGCCCUUCUUGCCCAAGUAAAAGCCGCGACAAUUGACUUUGGUGAUGGUACUGAGACCGUAGGACUAGUGAAGAAAUUCUUUGGCGUGGCUGGGUUGGAUGGAUUUCUCUCGGUUCUUGUCACGUUUUUCACGCCUCUUUUGGACGGUGGACAUGAUAGACUGGGGUCGUUGCAGGCGACUGCCUUCCUAGGUGAUUUGAUUCCGUUACAGGCUAUUAUGUACGUGGAAGGGGUAAGGAGAGGUAACAGGAUGACUGCUACUAGUUUGUUGUAAGUUCUCGUCAAAUGGAAAAUGGGUUUACUCCGUAGGCUAAUGAGGCUAGACCCACGCUCUUUGGUAUUGCGUACCAGGCGAAGGGAGUGGGAUAUGUUUUGCCAAUAUACUUCUUCCUACAUCAUAUUCAAUUGCCAUUGGAAAACUACCAGAAGCCCGAAGAUCGACUCACCCGAGUCAGUGCUGUCAAGACGAUAAUUCCAACUCUUGCUCUGACAUUUAUCCUCCCUACAUACAUCAUGCUAAGUACCCCUGGUUUGGCGAAUCGACAAUGGAUCAAUGGUCUCUUUUGGCAAUUGUUCCCAUUAUAUGGCGCCAUCUGUCAACAAGUUCUUGGUUUGUUUGUCAAGGAUACGACGGAGAAAGAUCGAGUUUCAAACCCAGAAGCAGACAUGCCAUACCUUCGUCUCACUUAUGGCUUCACAGCCAUAAUAGCUGCGGCUCUAAAUCUCUAUGUUCGUCUCGCUUCUCCUUUUCCGCUCAAGGAUGUGUUUUUCAACGAUAUUUCAAGUCCGUCUGCAGCAGCGACUUUAAUCACCGGAACUGCUAGAUUUUUGAGAUACGAUCAGAUCUUCUCUUUUGGAGCCGGCAUCCUUUGGAUCUUAUUGAGUUUCAAAGAUCUGAAGAAAGCUGGCAAGACUCAAGCUGGAUGGGUCAAGAUUAUUGGCGCUUUCGCGGGAGCGACUCUUGCUUUUGGCCCCGGUUCUGCAAUGGUUGGAAUGUGGGCCUGGAGGGAGGAAAUAUUGGUCAAUAGAAAAAGUGCCUUGAAGAAACAGUAAGCCAAUGUAAGUAACUCUUGAGAUCGCCAUCCUGGGAGUCCUGGGACUCUGGGCGAUGAUUGGAAGAGCGCACUUGGGGCUUGAAAAACGAGUUUCUCAUCUCUUCUUGAAUGAUUACAAGGGGUUUUUUGACUCGCAUUUUGGAUAUUGCGCAUGGUUGAAUAUCAAUCUACGGGCGCCUCAGA